AUGCCAUUUUGGGACAUGCUGUGGCAUCCCAUUAAAUUAAUCUCUAUGGAAGCAACUAAGCUAUCUAUGGUUUACUCCAAGCCUCCAGCACCAACUCAAACAGAGUGUGAAACUCUAGUUAGUGGUAUAGAGAAGUCUAUUUUAGCUAUGGUGUCAUAUUAUUAUUCUCUACCUAAAUCACAAGGUUUAACAUUGAGAAAAGAAUUACACACUAAAGUAAUACAAGUUGUAGAAAGAGUUCAAAAUUUAGUAGAAAUAGUUUCUAAAUAUUCUGGAUCUGAAAGAUUACAAUCUACUGGUCUGGUUUGGGAAGAAACAGAUGAUUUUGAUGACCUUCCUAAAGAUAAUCGUGAAGCAGCUCUAUUUAUAAUAGAACAAACUACAGAUUUAGUUAAAGAUGCUCUUCAAGAAAUAGAACAGGCGCUGGAAUUAGGAGGUGAAGAUGAUUAUUUAAAUGAUAUAUUAGAUGCUAACGAACCUAGGAAUAAUGCAGAUGAGUGGUCUGAGUCUGAUAAAACAGUGAUAUCUACUGGAAUGGGACUAAUCAAGACUGUUAAAUCAACAUUAAAAAAGACUCGUGAUGUGAUUAAAACUAACGGAAAUUGUAAUUGUGAAAAUAAUAUCAGUCAGUUAGAUGAUAUUUGUGAUUAUGUUAAAAAAUUAAGUUGUAUUGUUGAUGAAAUGACUAUUGUGUUAUACCCUCCUAUUGUUAUACCUUCUGUUCAAACCAAGGUGGAUCUUUUAGAUUCAAGUAUUUCUAGUAUUUUACAAAUUUUAAAAAAUUCCCAUGUUACAUCGUCUGGUGAUGAAAAGUGGAUAGAAUUUUUAUACAAGGCCAAACAACAUAAUUUAGAUAAAAUAACAGAAGCCUUAACCAUGAAUGACCAUAACUUAUGA